AUGAAGACUACGUGCUUCAUACUAAUUAAUUCUAAGUAGUUUUUUUUUUAUUAAGAUAAACAUAUAUUCUCUGAUUCUAUUAAUAAGUAUUAAAAAUAAUUUUUAUUUCUUAAGGCAGACCCUGAUGUAAUCAUUAUAAAUAAAAGUUUAGGCAGCAAGAAGAUUAAGAUGAAAUAACUUUAUCACAAUAACUUAAAAUCACAAGAAGAUUUGCAAAAUACUUGUUAAAAUAGGCGGGACAUUAUGAUAGAGUUAGAAAGGCAUAAAAGGAAUAUUAAAAUCUAGCCAAACGAAUAGGAGAUUUAACAACAAUAUUUUCAAAAUAUGAGAUUGAUGGGCUGAUUUAAUAUAAGGAUGAAUAGAAUGACUCAUUCACAAAAUUUAUGAAGGAUGCAGGACUAUACGAUCAUUAAAUUCUCUAAUUGUAUAUUACUUAUAAAUUUGGUGCUUUAAAAGGAGCAGCUUUUACAUUGGAUGAAUUCAUUUUGGGAAUGAUUCGUUUAAAGUAAAUGAAACUCUAUAAUUUUUAGGUGUAAUACUAUUAAGGAUUUAAAGAAUCUUUGUCCUGAAUUAUUAAAGAAAAUAUAAUAAGAAAAUAAAUACAAAAAAUUGUAUAGUUAUUACUUCAAAGUAAUAUCUUUGGGAAAGAAUGUGAUAAGAUUUUCUGAGGCAAUCAGUAAUUCCUAUUUAAAUAAUCGAUAGCUCUUUGGGAUUCAUUAUUGAAAGGUUAAUUUAAAGAAAUCAUUGAUUUUAUUUCAUUUUGCAAAGCCAAACCAGCAGACUUUUAAAAUCAAACCAAAGUUAGUUUUGAUCUAUGGUGUUAAGUGUGGAAAUUCUUUGAAACUAUAGGAAACGAUUAUCAGAAGUUUGAUGAGAACGGUAUUUAUUGAUUAUAGUCUUUAGAUGCCUGGCCCCUUCUUAUUUAUGAAUAUGUCCAAUNUACCAAAGCCAAUGGAUUUAAUUAAGGCUAUUUUCUAAGACCACACCGCUUUAAUUUUCAAUAGAGUUGUGAUUUAAUAUUUUGA